CAGUGCCCACCCCGGGGGUCCGUAACACCCAAUGCCCACCCCAGGGGUCCGUAACACCCCAUACCCAUUCUGGGGGGUCCGUAACACCCCUUGCCCACCCCAGGGGGGUCCAUAACACCCAAUGCCCACCCCAGGGGUCCAUAACACCCAGUGCCCACCCCGGGGGUCCGUAACACCCCGUGCCCAUUCUGGGGGGUCUGUAACACCCAGUGCCCACCCCAGGGGGGUCCAUAACACCCAAUGUCCACCCCGGGGGUCCGUAACACCCUGUGCCCAUUCUGGGGGGUCCGUAACACCCCUUGCCCACCCCAGGGGGGUCCAUAACACCCAAUGCCCACCCCAGGGGUCCAUAACACCCCAUACCCAUUCUGGGGGGUCUGUAACACCCCAUGCCCACCCCAGGGGGGUCCAUAACACCCAAUGCCCACCCCGGGGGUCCGUAACACCCCGUGCCCAUUCUGGGGGUCCAUAACGCCCCGUGCUCAUUCCGGGGGGUCCGUAACACCCCGUGCCCACCCCGGGGGGGUCGGCGCGUUGCCCCCCCAGGCUGCGGUACCUGGUGAAGCAGCUCGACUCGGGCGAGGUGAACGUGGACGAGCUCAAGCGCAAUUUGGAAUACGCGGCCUCUCUGCUCGAGGCCGUUUACAUCGACGAGACCAGGCAGGUGCUGGACACGGAGGACGAGCUGCGGGAGAUGGGCUCGGACGCGGCGGUGCCGUCGGAGGUGCGGGACUGGCUCGCGGCCACCUUCACGCAGCAGGCGCGGGCCAAGGGGCGCCGGGCCGAGGAGAAACCCAAGUUCCGCAGCAUCGUGCACGCCGUCCAGGCGGGAAUCUUCGUGGAGAGGAUGUUCCGCCGGACGUACACGGCCGUGGCACCCACUUACUCCACCUCCGUCCUCAACUGCCUGAAGGUACCGGGGGGGCACCCUGAUAUCCCCGGGGGGGGCUGCUGGGCAGCCCUGGGCAUCACUGGGUAUCCCUGGCCAUCCCUGGGCCUCCCGGGAAUUACUGGCCAGCCCUGGGCAUCUGUGACAUUCCUGGGCUUCCCUGGGCAUCACUGG